AUGAAAGAGUACACCUACGAAGUUCAACAUUCAUGGGAGAAACAACGACGGCCGAUUGCUACCGACACUCGGCAUCAUCAUCAGUACCAUCAUCAUCGUCAUCAACAAUCGUUCGGCAAAGAAGAUGCCGCCAUGGAUGCUGAUGCUAGUAGUAUGAGUGAGACGACAUCGGAGUCAGGUGUUAGUGAUCUCGAAACAAGUAUGACUGAUAUUCGCUGUACAUGUUGUCCAUAUGGCUAUCAUCUCGACACUGAUUUUGUUAAAUUUCUCGACGAUAUGUACGGAUCUGAUGUAUUACGAACAUUGAAAAAAAUUGAACGCAAACGACAUGAUGUACGAAGUCGUAUUAUCAAUGAACAACAGGUACUAAAAUUUCUUCAAGAUUAA